CGCCGCCCCGCGGCCUUGUGGGAAAUGUAGUCCGGCGCUCCAGGCGCAGCAGCGUCGCCCGCCCGGGUUUGGGGGCUCUGCAGGGAGAGGCUCUGCCUCCCCCUGGAGUCUGUGCAUCCCCUAGAAGGACCCACAGGAAGAAAGGAGAAGGCCAUGGUUGCUGGGCGACUUCCGCUGGGGGCUCAGGCAGAGUUACAGAGGGAGAGAGAUCUACCUUGUGCUUCCAAGUGGCCACAACAGCUGGGACUCCGCCAAGUCAAAGCCAAGAGCCAGGAACUCCAUCCAGGCCUCCCAUAGUUGUCUGCCCAAAUGAGUAUUUAAUAUACUCCUGUUGAGUGAAUAUUGAAUGACAUCAUCUGGAGCUUUUAGAAACCAGGCUGGGAGACAAGCCUUGAAACCAAAGAGCCAACUCCAAAGCCUGGCACUACUGAAGAUUUAUCCUGUGGGGUGAUGGAAAGGGAUGGUGUCUGGCAUUCUACUUUAAUUAAUUUAACAUUAAUUAACAUUAAUUAACAUUCCCAGGAACCUGAAAAUUGGGUAGAGUGGCAACAGGAAAUCCAGGAAAGACGUCCAGGCCAAGUAGCAGUUAGCCAUAAGGAAACCCUCAUUGAGAGUAUUUGGAGGUAAUGAAUUUGAAAGAUGUUCUGCAGUCAGGGUUCAGUCAUCAAUAUACAACAAAGCAUUGCUAUGGCAAAGAGACCUCAUAAUUGGAAUUCACACGGAAAGGACACUAAGAAAAAUUCUGAGUUAAUUAAAACUCAAAGAAUGUUUGUAGGGAAGAAAAUCUAUGAAUGUAAUGAAUGUGGGAAAACCUUUAACCAGAGCUCAUCCCUUCUUAAGCACCAGCGGAUUCAUACUGGGGAGAAGCCCUAUAAGUGUAAUGUUUGUGGGAAGCACUUCAUCGAACGCUCUUCCCUCACUGUACAUCAAAGAAUUCAUACUGGAGAGAAACCCUACAAAUGUAAUGAAUGUGGAAAAGCCUUCAGUCAGAGCAUGAAUCUUACUGUGCAUCAAAGAACUCAUACUGGAGAGAAACCGUACCAGUGUAAAGAGUGUGGAAAAGCCUUCCAUAAAAAUUCAUCCCUUAUUCAACAUGAAAGAAUUCAUACUGGGGAGAAACCUUACAGGUGUAAUGAAUGUGGGAAAGCUUUUACCCAAAGCAUGAAUCUUACAGUGCAUCAGAGAACUCACACAGGAGAAAAACCCUAUGAAUGUAAGGAAUGCGGGAAAGCCUUUAGUCAAAGCAUGCACCUUAUUGUCCACCAGAGAAGUCAUACUGGAGAAAGACCCUAUGAGUGUAGUGAAUGUGGAAAAGCCUUUAGUAAGAGCUCAACUCUUACCCUACACCUGCGAAAUCACACUGGAGAAAAACCCUACAAAUGUAACAAAUGUGGGAAAUCCUUCAGCCAAAGUACAUACCUUAUAGAACAUCAGAGACUUCAUUCUGGAGUUAAGCCUUUUGAAUGUAAUCAGUGUGGAAAAGCUUUCAGUAAGAAUUCAUCUCUUACUCAGCAUCGGAGGAUCCACACUGGAGAGAAACCUUAUGAGUGUGUGGUGUGUGGAAAACAUUUCACUGGACGAUCGUCCCUUACUGUACAUCAGGUUAUUCACACUGGAGAGAAGCCGUAUGAAUGCAGUGAAUGUGGGAAGGCCUUCAGCCAGAGUGCAUACCUUAUUGAACAUCAGAGAAUCCAUACUGGUGAGAAACCCUAUGAAUGUGGUCAGUGUGGAAAAGCCUUCAUUAAAAAUUCAUCUCUUACAGUACACCAGAGAACUCACACAGGAGAGAAACCCUAUCAGUGUAGUGAAUGUGGGAAGGCCUUCAGUCGGAGUACGAAUCUUACACGACAUCAGAGAACCCACACGUGAGGAAAGUUUCCGUUAGUCACUUCAUUGUGAUUGACUCUUCAGUUAUAAUUAAGUAAGUUAUGUAAUUGAGAAACCAUGAUGAGAAUUGGUUUUGAUGAUGAGAAUCUUUUAGUUAAGGUAUCAUAUACCAUAUUGAUGAUACAGACCAGGGCAGAGAAACCAUGUCAAAGUGGAGAAAUUUUGAUUCAGAAGGUAACAAUGGAUUAUGUUUCAGAAGGUUUAAGUGGCUAACACUCUAAACGUGAAGACUGAUGCUGAAAAUAAGUCCUGUGGUAUCAUACUGCAGAUUCUUCUCUGGAUAUCUGGAGAGGAAAUGUCAGAAAGUUUAACUUGAUUGUCCAAAGACCUGGUGUGUAGUCCUGAGCUACUACUCGCUUGGACAAGUCACCCACGUUCUCCAGGUCAUGGUCUACUUACCUGGUGAAUUAGGGAGUUUGGACUUACAAGAUCACUAGGAUCCCUAUUAGUCAACAUGCUACAAACGUAUAGCAACAACGCUGAGAAGUCCUUGAUCUUUUACCCAUGUAUAUGUUAUCCAGAUGCUUCUGUUCCACAGUCUGUUUUCCCUGGAUGUUUUGGAGCAGAUUUCUCUACCUCUACCAACUCCUCGUCCAUCUCCUUCCCCUCCCCCUGCAUUAUUUUCUUUCCUAACAUAUGCUGAUUCCUCCUAGGUGAUGAAAUAAUUGUACAGACCUUAAUGCAACGGCAUGCUGUUUUGAGUUCCCAGUAGUCAUUAAACUGUUAAAUAAUAAGCUGAUUAUUUACAAAACAAUUAACUUAAAUAUAGUCUAGUUACGCAGGAAUCAAAUAAAUGCAUAUCUUUGUGUCAUAUUCUGACUGUCAAAAGUAGAAGGAAGAAGGGAAGGGAUUGAAUAUUAAUGGAGGUGGAAAUUUGGAUAUUAACAAAGUCUUUGCAACCCAAAGCCCACUCAAAAUCGUCAGGGAUAUUUUCUAGAUUGGGCACAAUGAGAGCAGUUUAAGAUUGCAGUUUAAAUUGGUACUGUCAUGGAUGGGUUAAGUGGAGGAAAGGAAGCAGUAGAUGCUGAGGGGAAUAAACUGCCAAAGAAAAAACAGAAACAAAAAUCAGGAGGUGAAGGUGCCACAGAAGUAAAAAGAGGACUUUAGCACAGGGAUGGGAAUACUUCUGCUUAUUUUUUUUUUAAGAUUUAUUUAUUUGAAAGGUAAAACAAGGUGGGAGGAAAGAGAGAUCUUCCAUUUGUUGGUUCAGUCCCCCAGUGGCCACAACAGCUGGGACUGGGCUAGGCUGGAGCAAGGAGCCAGGAACUCCAUCAGGGUCUACAUGGAUGGCAAAGAUCCAAGUACUUGGCAGUCUUCUGCUUGUUUCUCAGGUAAAUUAGCAGGAAGCUGGAUCAGAAGUGGAGGAACCUGCUGUACAACAAUGUUGGCCCAUAGGGAAUAGUUAAUCUAUCCAAGUGCUAUAGAGGAUAAAGGAAGAUGCUUUAAAACUACAGUAAAUUGUAGUGGGUUGGAGAGUGAGUUAAAGGGUGAAAAGGACUUAGCAGCUUUCCUGAGAUGGGAGAUAUUUAGAUAGAUCAACUAGAGGUGAUUGGGAAAGGUUGAGAAAGAGCAUAUCAGAUCCCCUUUUGGCUACAAUUAAUGGAAAACCUCAUCAACUAUGCUCUGACAAAUGGGGAUUUAUUUUUCUCAUAUAACAAAUCUGGGUGUGAUUGGCAUUUGUUGGUAGGCAAAAUAAUUCAGUAGUCUUGCGUGUCAUGGGGUUUCUGUCAUGAUCAUUUGAUGGCAACUAUGACCAAGUAAAAUACUUCCAGUCCAGAUAUGAUGCAUAGCACCAGCAGCAUCUGGCCUUUUAUCAGAAUCAGUUUUUCCAGAAGCCCCUGGGACUCCUGCUUUCACCUCAUGGACCACAGCUAUUACAUGCAACCCCUACCAACAAGAGAGGCUGGGAAAAGAAGUAUUUAGCCCUUCCCAACUCCAUAGUGGAGGUGAGCAAAGAAAAGUGAGUUUGAGAAUGGCAUUGCUUUAGGCAGCUGAUGGUCUGCCAAGGAAUGUUUGUUUGAUUUAAGAUGGCACUGAGCGUGUUUAUGAUUGAAGAGUCGCGGGAGAGUAGGGAAGUGCAGCAAGCAGGAAGUGUACAGCUCAUAUGAUCCACGCUGGGAGUGGCGGGAAUCUUUGUCAACAGUAGGAAGGAAACUUUCCUCUUGGAGAGGUAGAGAUGAAGAAAUCAUGGGAGGAAGUUGUGGAGGAAGUGCCCUUGUUUGGACCUUAGGCAAUCCAAAGUCUGUCUGGGGCUGUUUGAUUCCCCAGGGCCGUCUCAGGGUUCGUACUUGACUGGUUUUGAGUCACUGCCCCUCUCCUUAGCUUCAACGUCCUUUAUUUCUCUCCUCCUUGUCCUGUGCCUUCCCUUUGAGCCUUUAUUUUGCUGCUGUCAUUUUCAUCUACUUCUACGCAUACCUUCUCUGCUUUCUCCUUUCCCUUUAAUUCUUCCUGUUGACAUCAGGUGAACAAAAAUAUGAGAAAGGAAAAAGGAGACUUAUAUAUAUAAUGGAGAGGUCUUGUUAACAGUCUGACUGCUGAGGAUCCAGUUAGUUUAGUGUUUCACUCUCUCUUCUUCCCUACCAGUUUGAACUCCACUGGUUUCUAUUUCAGUGUAGUCAGGGAGCUCCAGGAUAGGCACAGAGUGAAGAGUAUGUAUGUUUAUGGUGGGGGUAUGUGUGCAGAAGAGUACUUAGCUCAGUGUUGGUGACUUGCCUCUAUAAUGCAAAUGAGGUAAAGGGGGCUGUUUACUUGGGAGAUACCUGGACAGGAUAUUCAGAGGAUAUGGGUCUGGGAGAGAAGACCCUUGUUAUCAAACCCUCCAGUUAAGCCCAUGCCCUUCAUUUUGGGGUCCAUCCUCAGUACAAGUGUAGUUUCUAUAAUAUUUGAAAAUUAUUUUUCUUGUGGCUGAAAAGGCAGUGUCACCAGACCUUGCAGCACCAAGGAGCCAUCAGGAGACAAGGACGUCUGCGUGCUCUCAUCUUCUCUCCAUGGCCUGCCGCUUCCACUGCAUGGGCUGCUGUGGACACUUGGUCCAUCUCCUCAGUGAAGCUUGGCUGCUUUUGCUUACAGUUAAAUGUGCACAUGACCCAAAGGUCAGCAUUAACUCUCAUACCUAGGGACCUUUCAGCUUCCUUCUGACCCCUAAGUCUCUUUCUUAAUUUGAAAAUUCCAUGAAAGAAGCCUGGAUAGCUCAGGUCAUUGUUUUAAGAGAGGUUUCUUAUGGUACUUUGUCCAGGACCCUUCCCUUUUCCAGUCAGCUGGUGCGGAUGAGGGCUGCCGUGCAGUCUCUGUCCAUGCACUUGGGCCCAUGGCCAUAAGUAGUGAUAGGUAUGAGCAGUACAUCACUAGGUCCUCACUGAGCACCUGCUCAGGAGUUGCUGGGGAUGAAGAGCUGUAAAGGAGCUCAUGGUAGGGAAGUCAGAACUAAGAGGAAUUAAGGUGCAGCUGGAUGACUUCUGGAACAGCAAGAAACAGGGCCCUCUAGAACUACCCACAAUGGGGUGUUUGAGGCAUAUUUCCUACAGCUGGGUCAUCACUCAGAAGACAGAUGGGGUCACUUCCUGUACUUGUGCUCUGUGAAAUCGAUAUCUAGGCACUUCCAGAGGUUACCAACCUAAGUGGUGGAGUUCUAGAACAUGGUGCCAGAACCCCUCUCCUAGAUUGUAUGCAGUCCCCAACACAUGGCUGUUCACAGGGACUGUACUUGGAUCCUGAAAAAAAAAAUCACAACACAUCUAGAAGCGAAGGGACUAUGAAAAAAAAAAUGAUGAAUGGUUAGGUCAUAGUUGAAUAGGUUACCCCCUGUCUACAUAUACAUUGGUAUAAUUCAGUGCCUGCACACAGUUGGCAGACUGCUGAGUGCAUCCCUUGUGCUGCCUGUCUGAGUGAUGACAGUGUAGUUCAUUCCUGUGACUAACACUGAGCUCCUAGCAUAGGUCAGCUGUGGGGAGCAACUGGGAGCAACUCGGACUAGACUAAGUUACUGGAAUUAAGACUUAUUCUAUGCAUCUGCUUUCCCACAAUAUGGUGCUGGGAGAGGAGGAAACAGCUUCUACACAGCUGCCUCCAGUUCAACCAAUAAACUGUAGGACCUGCUCCUGAUUGGAGGAGAGCAGCAUACUUGGCGUGUGGGUAGCAGAGUUGGGAUUGGUGGAAGAGGACUAUAAAGGAGGAGAGAGACAACAUGCACCAGGAACAUCUAUCUGAAGGAACACCUGUGCAGCCCUCGAGAGAGCCGGCCGGCGGUAUGCCGCUCCCCCGCGGAAGUGGGGAAAGUGGCAGGGGGAACCACCCUUUCACGGAGGUGGAAGGGACGGUAGCCAACCCGGGAAGAACCAGCAGCAAACCCGGGAAGGGCCAAGCAGACAAAAGAACAGCGCAGGGUCCUGUGUCGUUCCUCCACGAAGAGGGGGAGCGACAGUCAGCUUCUAUGAACUCCAGGAUAAAUGAUCCCUGGUGUAGCUGUCAGGCAGUUCCUGGCACAGCGUGCCAUGGGAGUGAACCAGUUGAGUGCAGGGGAGGAAAUAGGCUGAUCGGGAAGGGGAAGUUGGGCAGCGGGGAAGAGCAGCCAUAGUGGCAAGAAGGCUUCACACAUUUUGGGGACUGUAAGAGGUCUAUGACUUGAACAUCCAGUAGAAGUCAAGAAGUAACCAGAAAUGAAGCUAAAGGAAGAUCCUGUUGUCUCAUAGUGCAAGGGGCUUCUAGCAGGGCUCAGCAAGUGAACUCAGGAACUAGUAAGCAGCAGCCUGUAUCCUGAGGAAGAGUGUUGAAGCACACUGGUGAUGAGGUCCCCGGCAAAUGUUAAGUGAGUGUCUGCAUAUCCAUAGUUAGUAUAGCAGACAGGAAAGGUUCUGCAGACGAUAACGUAACCACUUUCUGAGGACGGGGGUGUCCAGUGAGAAUCCUUUUGUGUGUGUUUGGGGGUGGGGGUGGGGGUGGGAAGGAUGCUCUGGUGAAUGUUCAAAACAAUAAAUAAGGUUAGUGUGUAAAUCCUGGCAAGAGGAUAUACUGCUUCUCUUUAGUUUUAGCCCUCCCCCCCCAUUUUUUUCUCUUUUAAGCUGCGUUUGGAAGCUUACCUCUUACCAGACUACAGCAGAGUCAGGAGAAAUGGGUCAGAUAAUGGAGGGUUCAUUGCUUUUUUUCAGGAGUUUUGGAAGACUUGGGCCCUUGAAUGGGAGCUCUCAGCCACUGUGGGCAACGAGCAAUGAGGUCUCCUUUGCACCUUUCCCCCAUCAGCUAAAGCAAGGACUCCUAGUUCCACUCCUUAGAUGUGGGCUCUUGGGCCAGGCAUUCGACAUGUAAGUGCCUUGGUCUUCUCAUUUGUUAAUAGUGCAAACCUCAGAGCUUGGCUUGUGUCAGGUAACAAUGCAAAGUACUUGGAAAAGUGCCUCAGAUGUGAUUAGUACUCAAGAAAUAUAUGACUGUAAUCUUUUAUGCCCAAAAACAGAAUAUGACAUCCAGAACCCUUCAUUAUCUUAGAAUCUCCAGGCUCUUAAAGUGCAAAUCCCUUGUAGGAAGUUACAUCCGGGGCUGGCAUUGUGGUGUAGUGGGUAAGGCUGCCACUUGCAGUGCUGGCAUCCCAUACAAGUGCUGGUUCGUGUCCUGGCUGCUCCACUUCUGAUCCAGCUUCCUACUAAUGGCCUGGGAAAAGCAGCAGAACAUGACCCAAAUGUAUAGGGCCACUGCCACCCAAUUGGGAGAUCUGGAAGAAGCUCCUGGCUCCUGGCUUUGGCCUGGUCCAGCCCUGGCUGUUGUGACCAUCUGGGAAACAAACCAGUGGAUGGAAGACUGUGUGUGCAUCUCCCUAUCUGUAGCUCUGACUUUGAAAUAAAUAAAUAAUUCCUUUAAAAAAAA